AUGCUCGAGAUCACGCCUCAUCAACGACGUCUUGUAGCCUCUGUCCCGGGCGCGAGGGGGACCUUGGCUGCGGCGGCAGAGGACUCGGGGACAAAGUAUACCAUCUACUCGAGCAAGGCCGGAAAGUCCCCUGGCGACAACGUCCACGUCUUGUCACCCAGUCCCAAGAACAUCGACAACUUUCUGUCCCUUCUCCCAGAUGAAGCCCUGGUCCUCAGUGCAAAACCCACCGGAACCACCGCCACUUUAGAUGCCAGCGACAAGUGGGCAACAUGGAUGACCAACUGGGAUGCCAGCGGCGAACUCUCCAUGACGUACGACAACGCGACGAAUCUCAACAUCCAGUAUUUUCAAUUCCAUAUCAAGGCCCCCUGGAAUGUCACUUUUAGUUCCAGCGCCGACGCCCUCAAGUUCUCCUUUGGUACCACGUCUAUGGGCGGUGAUUCGCUCGUCCCGAGCCCAGGGAUGACAGAUGCGGGCUCACCUAUUUACUUCGGUCUUGACCCCAAGGAGACACCUGGGGAUCUCAAAUCGUCAGUUGGGGAACUCUUUAAAUUUGCUGGCCUCGACGCGCUCGGCAAGAAUCUACCCAUUAAAGGUCUGGACCUCCUGAAGACCACCCUCAAGCUGUCGAAUACGGACGGGCCGCAGCGGAACGCGCUGUGGUUUAGUCCGGAGCAGCACCUCAAGACAACCAUGAGGCUUCAGUUUGAGCUUGACUCGGCCGACGCUUUGGAGAACGCUUUGACAUCAGUUCUCAAGGGGCUCGAAUUUCAGAGUUUUAGCAUUGCCUGCAAGAAGACGUUGGUAUUCCUCGAAACAAACAACGGUGCCACUGCCGUCACAGGGGGGGAUGUCAACUUUGAGAUGCAAUGCUCUGUCCAACAUGGCGGCUCGGAGCCGGUCAAAAUGCUCCUCUGCCUACAACUAACUCGCUUCAGCUAUCAGCUGACAUUCAAGAUUGACUCCAAGGACGGCUUAGAGGGCAUAAUCGCAUGGCUGGCUAGCUUGAUACCUGGCGGCGGCGGCGUGGACGCAAUUGAACAGAUAUUCGGUAUGACCGGCGACCUGUUCACCAAGCACAUCUUCCUCCGCCGCCUAAAGAUCGGCGUAUCAACCGCUGGUAAAUCGCCCAAGCUCAGCAGCGUGGGGCUUGACAUCGAAGUGUCUUCUGACCAGGUCGGCCAAGGGUCCAGCAAGAGCCAGCGCGCGGCCUUUUUGAUCACGUACAGUUGGCUAGCGGGAAUGGGCGGCGCCGGAUCCCUCAACGGCGGCUUCUGGAAUGUCUUCGAUGCGGAUGAGAAGCGCGUUCUGGACCCGUCCUACCUGGCUACCUUGGACCUACAGCCUCUCACGGAGUCGCCUGCCACGCAACUUGAUCUCGUAACCUUGAUCCCCGGCCAGACGGUCGAUAACCUGCCCGACACGGUACCUACCCAGAUCACCCUCGCCAAUCUCUAUCUGGACCAGAAGCAGUUUGCCAUCAGGGCCACCGUCCAGUCCAAGCAAUCCCUCGCGAGCGACCAGGACUCUACCGUACCCCAGCUUGAUCUGGGCAAGGUCAACCUCACGGCUUCGUACCAGUGGGCGGGCGGUGAGAGCGCGCUCAAGUUUCAUCUGGGCAUUGCUUCUGUCCUUACCCCGAGCAUCAACUCCAAGCAUCCUACGAGCGCCAUGCUCACCGGCAGCAUCGAUUACGAUUCGAAGGAGAAGAAAUGGGUUCUUGAUACAGAAUUAAAGAGCCUUUACGUCUCGAAUCUGAUCAGCUUCUUUGACAAGGGCUCGGCCGACGACGUGCUGCCGUUGAUUGAUUCUCUGCUGAUCGACCACGUGAGCCUGCACUACGAAUACACGGGGGCCCGAUCUUCAGAACUCAAAGACAAGUCUGUCGGGACCUACUUCAAAUUUGACGGCAAGAUCUUGGUCGGAGGCCUGUCACUCCAGUUGGACUUCAACUUCAAGAACAAGGAGGGAUGGGUGUUUAAGGCGGACUUGGUGACGGAGGACAAGGAGGCUACUAUUGGAGACAUUGUGACCGACAUGUUGGGUGACGACAGUCUUGACCUGCCGGAUUUCUUGGCCAAUACCAAGAUCAACGCCAGCGGUCAAACAGGUGGGAUCUCGUUGAAAGUGGAGAAAUCACCGGGUACAGAUGGCAUGUUCCAGUUUAUGUCCUCCAUCCAAAUCGGCGACCUCGCCUUGACCUUUGCCCAGAUCCACCUCACAGCGUGGGGUCCCAAGGCACCAUCCAAGCGGUUUAUCAAGUUUGGCCUCGUGGCUUUGCCGAGUGUCCCUCUGCCGCUUAUCGGUGACGUGACACAGCCCUUCGAUGAGAUGUACCUGAUGUGGGUGCAAGACGGAACCAACCUCAACAAGGCCAACCCGGGACUGACCCGCCAGGAGGUUACGGACCUCAACAAGAGUCUCGGCCAACACCCUCUGGUCCCGAAAGACAAGUUCCAGGAUAAGACCAACCAAAAGGACGUCCUCAUCACGGCGGGGUCUCACUUCGCCAUCAUCACCAAGGAUCAGCAGGGCAACCGCACUUGUGUUCUGGAUUACGACUUCAAGAAGGCCAAGCCAAAACAACCCAAGGCGCCAUCAUCAGCACAAGGUGGAACCCUCGCCAUCACGGAGGCCGGCGAAGAGGCCAAGGACGAUCCGGAGCCCAAACCAGAUUCCGACGGCAACAGCGCCUCGGCCCCCUUCAAGAAGAAGAGCGGCCCCCUAUCCAUUAGCAACAUCGGGCUCAAGUACGCGGACAAGACGUUGCACAUCCAGUUCACGGCCACGUUCGAGCUGGGCCCGAUCGGGUUCGCCCUCAUCGGCUUCAGCAUCAACGUGCAAAUCACCUCACUGGACCUCGGGGGCAUCCACCUCCUCGACCCGAGCCUGGAGGGCCUGGCGGCGUCGUUCGAGAAGCCGCCGCUCACCAUCGCGGGCCUCGUCCGCCACGGCAAGGACCGCAACGGCUUGCCAUACUACUCAGGCGGGCUCAUCGUGGGAUGGGUGCCGUACCAGCUCCAGGCGGCAGGAUUCUACGGGCAGGCGCUGCCCGAAGGCGUCACAGAUCUCAGCAAGGCAUUCAACUCGGUGUUUGUGUUUGCCCGGUUGGACGGACCCCUCGUCUCCCUGGAGUUUGCCGAGAUCUCAGGGGUCACGGGCGGGUUCGGGUACAAGAGCGAGGUGCGGGUCCCGACGGCGGACCAGAUCGUCGAGUUCCCCUUCAUCAAGCCCGCCAGCCUAGCCGGUGCUACGGGAAGCGCUAUCGAGACGCUCGAGCGGCUCACGUCGCCGAACUCGGACGGGUGGUUCAAGCCGCUGGAUGAUACGUACUGGGCGGCGGCGGGCAUGAAGAUCGACGCCUUCCAGAUGAUCUCCCUGCAAGCGGUGGCCGUGGUGCAAUUCGGUCAGUCCAUCAAGAUGGGGCUGUUCGCCGUCGCCCUGGCCGAUAUCCCCACGUCGGCGUCCAAGGUCAAGUUCGCGCACGUCGAGCUGGGCAUUGCCGUGGUGGUCGAUCUCGACUACGGCACCUUCAAGGCCGAGGCCCAGCUCUCACCCAACUCGUACAUCCUGGACCCGAACUGCCACUUGACCGGCGGGUUUGCCCUCUACUACUGGUUUGAAGCACCGCAUGCCGACCAGUCUUUGGCAUAUUUCGCCAUCACCCCGAAGGCCUGCAUGGGCGGCGGGAGGCUGCACGCGGCCUACCACCUGGGCCCGAUCGAGGCGUGGUUCGACGCCUUUGCUGACUUCCUGAUCAACUACAAGCCGUUCCACUUUAUGGCCGAGGCUGGGGUGAGCGUCGGGGUGCGCUUCAACCUGGAUGUCCUGUUCGUGCACAUCCACAUCUCGGUGGAAGUCGGCGCCGAUCUCAAGCUGUGGGGUCCGCCGUUCGCCGGGGACAUCUACAUCGACAUCAAGGUCCACAAGUUCAGUAUCCCCUUCGGCAACCACAGCACCGAAAAGCCGCCCGCCAGCCUCGUCGAGUUCUACAACCUGGUGCUACAAGCCAGCAGCAAGACCGAUUCCUCCCCCAAAGCGGCCGCAGCCCCGGCCCUGGCCACCGCUGUCUUCCCGGCCGACAGUCCUCGCGUGGUCGAGCUCGACGACGACCAGCCCAUUGCCAUGGCAGCAGCAGAAGAUGGCGAGGACGACAAGCCGAAGAAGAACGAGGCGCACACGUUCCUGGCGCAGUCCGGUCUGAUGAACGACGUGAAGGCGCCGGAGCGCACCCACAACCAGGACUGGACGGUCCGGGGCGGCUCGUUCGCCUUUGUGCUCGGGUGCAAGAUGGCCAUUGGGACGGCCAACCAGGUCAACGAGACCGGCGGUGCCAUCCAGACUCUCCAGUAUACUGAUAAGCCCAUCUACGCCAAGCCGAUGCACCUCGGGGGUUCCGACACGCUGACUUCGAGCGUCGAUAUUUGCAUCACGGAAAAGGACAGCCAUGACCCGCCGAAGAAGUGGCGCAUGGAGAGCGUCCUCAAGUCGGUUCCGACAGGGCUGUGGGCUCCGUACGACACGUCGACCGACCCCUCGCAGAGCGGCAACAACAUCGACAGCCUGCUCGAGACCACGGACGGCAGCGUGUUGCUGAUGAUGGGGGUCCUGCUCCACGCGCCGCCGCCGUUCAUGUCGGAGGACAAGCAGCAGACCUUCAAGAUCCUCGACGCGGAGCUCAAGGAUAUUGACGCCAACGACUCAUUCCCGCAGCCCGUGUCCGCCGGCGACCAAUGGGUUGGCGCGCCGCCACUCGAAGGGGCGGCCCAAUGGGAUGAGGUGCACAAGGCAUGGGCGACGCCGGAUUGGGAUAGCGUCCCGGCUGCUGCUGCUGCCGAAGCCGCUGGCGAGGAAGCUCGGGAGGGAGAGGGGGAGGUAGAAGCGGAGGAGCCGGUAAGUGUGCAGACAAUGUUCGUGACAGAUUGGGCGACUGCGUUUGGCUGGGACAAGGCGCUGUCUUCGAUAGCGAAAAUGCCGUCGUUGCUGAACCGCAGAUUUGAUCAGUUGUAUGUGGCGGCGCCGUUGGUGACGAAGUAA